AUGAGUCUGCAGCCUUAUAGGGCCCCGUCUGUGGUGGUCUAUCGGCUCUUUGAGGCGCGCGGAAGGCUAAGGCUACGUGCCGUGGUUCUGGUCGAGCGGCGAGUUGCCCUUACUCGCCGUCCGCAGAGCUGCCCUUACUCGCCGUCCGCAGCAGUAAGGUACCCUGAGCUCGACUUGGAGCAGGAGAAGGAACGGUCGGCAAACAAGCAGACGGAUUACCUGAAGAUUAUAGACGUGUAUGAGAAUUCGUAUGGUGGUCGUGGCUGUCUGUUGCUGGUGAUGGAGUGUAUGGAUGGAGGGGAGCUUUUUCAGAGGAUACAGGAUAACAGAGAUGGUGCAUUAGUGGGCUUGCCUCCCAACCCCGGCUAG